UUCCGACCCACCACCAACCAAGGAUUCCCUCUUUUGCCGUGGCAUCGCCGGAGUCGGUAGAUCGGCUCCCGAAGGUCGCCUCCGCUUUGGUCCAUCAUUUUGGAAUUUCUGACCUCCUUUUCCGCUUUUAUUUUUCUUGCUCCUCUGGUUUGGUAUUUGAUUCGCGAGCUCACGGUAGAGUGAGGAACUUUCCGAGGCAGUUAAAAGAUGGGGGAUUUGUACUCUGGCUUCGUCGAUUUGAUGAGGAAGCCGGUGGUGGCGGAGACUCUUCUCGACAUUCUUCUGUGCGCGGUCCCGAUCUGGGUGGCGGUGAUGAUCGGGCUGGUCAUCGGCUGGUCGUGGCGCCCGCGGUGGACAGGGUUGCUCUUCUUGGGAUGCCGGAGCAAACUGCGGUUCCUCUGGACGGCGCCGCCAGGACUCGGCGCUCGCCGCCUCUGGAUUGCCUUCACGGCACUUUCAGCUUUCUCCGUUUGCCGAAAGCUCUGGUCUUCGUGGAGCUUGAAGGGGAAGGGCGAGCCGUCCCAGGAUAAACAGCUGGUGUCGGAGGAGAAUAUGAUGGCAGUCGAAGCGGAUGGAAGCAAGUCCAGCUUUGGCCUAUCUUUGAGUGAGCAUGACAUUGUGGCAGAGAAAGAUCUAGAACAUAUGUUGCAUCUUCUGGAUGGUGAUGUUGGAGAUUCAUGUUGGAAUAAACAAAUGGAACGCACUACACCAAACAUGAUCUACCAAGCAUGGUGUCAUGAACCUGAGGUUGGCCCUAUCAUUUACCGUAGCAGAACUGUUUUUGAAGAUGCAUCUCCUGAAGUGGUCAGAGAUUUCUUUUGGGAUGAUGAUUUCCGAUUUAAAUGGGAUCCCAUGUUUGCAUGUUCUACUGUACUGGAGGAAUUCCAUCAGAGUGGGACAAUGAUCACUCACUGGAUCAAAAAGUUCCCAUUCUUCUGCAGUGACCGAGAAUAUAUAAUUGGUCGACGGAUAUGGGAAUUUGGAAAGGCUUAUUAUUGUGUGACAAAGGGAGUCCCAUACCCAUCUUUACCUAAGAACAUAAAGCCGCGACGUGUUGAAUUGUAUUUCUCUAGUUGGCGCAUCAGGGCUGUUGAAUCCCGAAAACAAGACGGUCAGCUAUCAGCCUGUGAGGUAACUCUUGUCCACUAUGAGGAUAUGGGCAUCCCAAAAGACGUAGCUAAGGUUGGAGUUCGUCAUGGGAUGUGGGGAGCAGUCAAGAAGUUGCAGUCUGGAAUGCGAGCAUAUCAAGCAAUGAGGAGAACAGGAACGUCUCUAUCUAAAUUUGCACUUACGGCACAAAUCACAACAAAGUUGCCAAACGAUGGAACCAUCACUCCCAUUGACAUGGAGAUUCCAGACACUUCAGAAAUAGCCAAUGCCAGUGAGAGUGCCAAGGGUCAUCAUGGUAUCGAUUGGAAAUUGGUGGUUAUUGGUGGAGUUGCUAUCGUCUGUGGGCUUCAAGCUGGUCUGGUCGGAAAGGCACUGUUAUUUGGUGCCGCAAGGAGGCUUGCUAGGAAGUGAAUCUCUCGUCAGGGAAGGUCUCCCUUGUUUUAAUGUCGUGGCUUUUAGAACUAUGGUGGAAGUGUCUAUACAGAAUCAUAUUUAAGUUUUCAUCAUAACCAAUCAUCCUUCCAUCCUUGCAUGGUUUCCUCA